AACAAACAAGAUGUCGUGGCAGACGUAUGUAGAUGAGAAUCUUAUGUGCGAAAUCAAUGGUUCCCAUCUCACUUCCGCCGCCAUCGUCGGCACUGACGGCAGUAUCUGGGCCCAGAGCCCCAACUUCCCUCAGCUGAAUCCUGAAGAAGUAACUGUCAUAGAGAAUGGUUUUAACGAACUUAGAUCUCUAGUUCCAACUGGAUUUUACUUUGGUGGAAUCAAGUACAUGGUUAUUCAAGAAGAACCUGGAACUAUGAUCUGCGGGGAAAAUGGACUGGGUGGUGCUACGAUUAGAAAGACAAAUUUGACUUUGAUUAUUGGGAUAUAUGAAGAACCAAUUACAGGAGGGCAGUGCAACAUGAUAGUUAAAAGGCUUGGAGAUUAUCUCAUUGAACAGGGUCUUUAAU